AUGCUGGGUCUGAAGAUCUGUGGUAGUGCUGUAUUUCUGGGUCUGAAGAUCUGUGGUAGUGCUGUAUUUCUGGGUCUGAAGAUCUGUGAUUAUCCUUGUGAUAACAUAUUUGUGAACGGAACCAUUGGCUACCUAAAGAUCGGAGAUUUGGGUCUUGCUAAACUUCGUCGACUCAGCUACGCUAAAUCUGUCAUAGGUACGCCCGAGUUCAUGGCCCCGGAAAUGUACAACGAGAAGUACAAUGAAGCAGUGGAUGUGUACGCUUUUGGAAUGUGUGUGUUAGAGAUAGUAACCAACCAGUACCCCUACAUGGAGUGUCAGAAUGCAGCGCAGAUCUACAAGAAAGUUACUAAUGGUGUAAAGCCUAACUCGCUGGAGGAAGUGACAGAUCUAAACUUACGGAGGAUAAUUGACAUGUGUCUCAAACAAGUCGCUCAGGACAGGACUACUAUAAAAGAAUUAUACGAACAAGACUUCUUUGUGGAACUAGAUGUAAAAGUGGCAGUAAUCAACAAAGUUACUGAAAAAUCAGAUGUCAGCGAUAAGAACGACCAAAAGUUCCAGUUACAGAUUGAACUUCACAAGGUCAAUAUCGCCACUACAAACGUACGGAACGAUGAAAAGCGAGACCCGUGGAGAAAAUACCAGUGUAUAAUUGACCUUGAUAGGGAAAUACCGCUCAAUAUUGCUGAUGAGAUGUUCCAAGAAAAAAUAUUCAAGAACGAGGAGAUGAAACAGGAGGUAGCUAAACAGAUUGACGAACAGAUCAAAAAUUUCAGAGAGCAAGAAAGAGAAGAAGGCCGACAACACGAGCAAGUGCCGGUCAAAGCUGCAGUUCCUGAGAGUCUCACAGUGGAGAACACUCAGGCAAGGGAAGGGGAGAAGAAACCGGAGGAGUCAGUGAGGAGUGCUCCCAGUUCUACCAGUAUCACUAAAGAGCAACCUCAUGAGGACAACACUGCCAACAGGGUUAGUAACCAUGGGUAA